AUGCCAAGUAGCGAUACCGUGGGUAUCAUUCUCGUAGUCCUAACUGCAGGCGGUGCUCUUAUCUUCAUCAGUAUCUGCCUUUACAGAAGACGCGGGAGCGGGAAUACAUGGCCCGGCCCCCACUCAUCCCACAGAUCUCGUUCUAGAUCUCGACGAACUUCGCGUAAUUUCAAGAAUGCUCCCAGAAUUCCACUAGGAGUUAUCUCACCCCAGAUACAGAUACCCGCAAUACGAAUUAGAUCGCCCAGAGCUCAAAAUCAGCAAAUUGUUCGACCUAAUUCUCCUCUCCUUCCUCAAAUACCCGUCUUGAUCAGAGUGCCCCUAUUUCCGCAGCACCGUUGGCCUCCUGAAUAUCAAGCUAAUCCACGGCAGGCACAGCCUCUACAACAACCUCAGUUUCAACAAAUUUGGCCCCAGCGUCCUCCUCCAUAUCCUCCUCGUCCACCGUCACCGAUUCAACUUCCUCAAGCCGCGCCUAAUAUUCAGGUUCCGGCUCCCGCUCUUCUCGUUUUCAUCAUGUUGAAGACUUUGAUAGCAAAGGUUUUGAGGGCAGGUCAGGAGCGUGACUACUCUCCAUUCGAUCGCGAUAUCAUCAAUUGGCACUACUUUGAAUGA